AUGCAAGGAGUUCGAGGACAUUAUGAAAAAGAGGUUCAAGAGGAGUUCGUUGGGCAAAAUAACCAUGUUUUAGGGCUUCAGGUCCAACAACGUUCAGCCGGAAUCCUGCUCCAUCAAGCCAAAUAUGUGGAGGAUAUGCUUGAGAAGUUCGGGUUCAGAGAUGCAAAACCUGCCUUAACACCCAUGGCGGAGAGACCCCUGCUGACUCCUGAUAUUGAAGGCGAAUUCGUAGAUCAAACAUACUACAAAUCGAUGACCGGUUCGCUUAUGUAUCUAACUGCAAGUCGCCCAGACAUUAUGUUUGCGGAUUGUCAAUGCGCACGUGAUAAGGCUAAUCCUAAACUAUAUCAUCUUAUUGCUGUUAAAAGAAUUUUUCAGUACCUCAAAGGCAGCCUAAAACUGGGUCUUUGGUAUCCGAAAAAUUCUGAAUUUGAUCUGUAUGCUUUUGCUGACAACAAUUAUGGAGGCUGCGAGCUUGAUAGGAAAUCGACUUCAGGCGGAUGUCAAUUUUUAGGUGAUCGACUGGUGUCAUGA